UAUUCCAUACACAACAAACUUCAAAAACAAUUAAUCAUUGACUUUCACUUGCAAAUAUCAUAAUUUCAUAAACUUUUUUCUCUUUUAAGAAGAUAAUUAAUGGCUAAUUGCUUCAGGUUAUCAGCUUUAUUUCUUGUGUUGCUUCCUGUGUUUGCUUUAGGGGAUGGUCCUUUUACUCCUCUUGAAACUGCAAUAUGUAAUGAAGUGAACUGUGGAAAAGGAAAAUGUGAAGGUAACAUCUUGAAACCACUAGGGUAUUCCUGCGAAUGUGAUCCCGGUUGGGGUCGAAGUUCCAACGAGGACGUUGACGAUGAUCUUGAAUUCCUCCCUUGCGUCAUCCCAAAAUGUACUCUCAAGUACAACGGUUGUCAGCCAGCUCCACCACCAGCUCCACAGAAAACAAUUCCUUUGAACUCAUCAUUCUAUGAUCCUUGCUAUUGGAUGUUCUGUGGACAAGGAACAUGCUCAAAGAAUACAACUUACAACCAUUUCUGUACAUGUGACCAAGGAUACUCCAACCUUCUUAAUGUUUCUUUCUUCCCUUGCUACAAUGAAUGUGCUAUUGGAUCUGAUUGUGCCAGCCUUGGGAUUAAAGUUUCAAAUUCAGAGUCAUCACCAGGAACUCCUGGCAAUCCAGGGAGCUCAAUUCUGCCAGGAAAAUAUCAAUGGAUGAUGAUAUUGCUCAUGCCUAUCCUUAUGGUUCUCAGAAAUUAGAAUAUUACAGAGGAUUACUGAUUUACUGCCUACAGUUUUACCAUAUUAUAUUUCUCUAUACAUAUUAAAAUAAAUUUUACUUUGAUGUAUCAUUGAUUCGAUUAUUCUAUCGAUUUUUAUGUAUAAAUUCAGUUUGUAUUGAAUAAAUGAUAGAACAUAUAGUUGAUUUGUGAA